UGACAUCAUCGCUUGGGUUGGACUCGGACGUCUGAGGCUUGUUUUGCUACAUUGUUGUCGUUUUAGUUAACAGUUUUUAUUUUUAUACAACAUAACAGCAAUACCGUGUCAUUUUUUAUUUCAGAAUCCAACAGAACAGUGUCUAAUCUGCAAAAAUGAAAUGGAUGUUUAAAGAAGAUCAUUCCCUGGAACACAGGUGCGUGGAGUCGGCCAAAAUCCGCAACAAGUAUCCGGACAGAGUCCCGGUGAUCGUGGAGAAGGUGUCGGGCUCACAGAUCGUGGACAUUGACAAGCGGAAGUACCUGGUUCCCUCUGACAUCACAGUGGCCCAGUUCAUGUGGAUCAUCAGGAAGCGGAUUCAACUGCCGUCCGAAAAGGCCAUCUUCCUGUUCGUCGACAAAACCGUCCCCCAGUCCAGCCUCACGAUGGGACAGCUGUACGAGAAGGAGAGGGACGAGGACGGGUUUUUGUAUGUGGCGUACAGCGGAGAGAACACUUUCGGCUUUUAGACCUUGGACCUCCGACCCUCUGCCUGACCUCUGGCCAGCCCAAUCACUACCACCCCAACCUGCCCCCCCCCCUCCCCCCCCACACACACUCCCCACACCUUUCCCCCCCUCAUUCCCCUUCGAGUGUGACUGUACCACAUAUCAUGAGAAUGUGGGCAUUUGUAAGAAUGAUCACUAUAUUAAUCAUAUAAUCGAUGCAUCCGUGUCUGCGGACCUCUUGUCCUGUACCCAUGCUGUAUACAUUAGAUCGCUAAAAAUAUGUGAACGACGGAGCGACUCCAUUUUGUUUUUCUUUUGAUCUGUGAAUGAGUUUGCUGUAUUUUUGAAAGUGCUUGAUAUUUUGUAUUAGAUUUCAUUAAUAUUAUAAUUUUUUUUGUUUGCUUUACUGUUGUUUGGAGUUCUUCACUUUUCUUUCUUUUCUUUUUUUUUUUUUAGAUUAUAUUCAAAAUUUUAAGUUAAAAUAUUUGAAAGGUGAGGUAGCUGGAUGACCUAACCAAUAAAAAAUAAAUUUAAAA